GACGUCACGCGUAGCGGUGACGUAACGCCGUCAAGUCCACCCGCAGAGCCUUUGGGAUCUCUUUUUUGCUCUUAGUCGGUGCAGCUUGAAUCCUCUUGGCCCGGAAGGGCGGUAGCGACGAGUUCCAAAGGCGGGACCUCAAAGAUUCUUGUUUCCCCAACGCAAGAGGAUGGCCCACGUCUCCGGCGAGGUCGAAGUGAUGCUGCAGGCGAUGCUGAGGCAGUUGUUCCAGAGCGUGAAGGAGAAAAUCACGGGGGCUCCCUCCCUGGAGUGCGCCGAGGAGAUCCUCUUACAUCUGGAGGAAACUGAUGAAAAUUUUCACAACUAUGAAUUUGUGAAAUACCUUAGACAGUAUAUAUGUAAUACUUUGGGGUCUAUGAUUGAAGAAGAAAUAGAAAAAUGGACAUCUGAUCAGAAUCAGGGUGAGGAAUUUGGCUAUGACACACUGGUACAGCAUGUUACUAAAAGAACUCAGGAAUCUAAAGAAUACAAGGAAAUGAUGCAUUCCCUGAAGAACAUCAUGAUGAUAGUGGUGGAAUCUAUGAUCAACAAGUUUGAAGAAGAUGAAAUGCAAAGUCAAGAAAGGCAGGAAAAAAUCCAAAAGGAGAAAAGCAAUAGUUACUGCACAGACAAUUGCUCUGAUAGUGAUUCAUCAUUCAAUCAGAGUUAUAAAUUUUGUCAAGGAAAAUUACAGUUAAUUUUAGACCAGUUGGAUCCUGGGCAACCUAAAGAGGUGAGAUAUGAAGCCUUGCAAACAUUAUGUUCAGCUCCUCCAUCUGAUGUACUGAACUGUGAAAAUUGGACCACUCUCUGUGAGAAACUGACAGUGUAUCUUUCAGAUCCUGAUCCUGUAUUUAGUGACCGGAUUUUAAAAUUCUAUGCACAGACGUUUACACUUUCACCAUUACAUAUGACCAAGGAAAUUUAUAAAAGCUUAGCUAAAUAUUUGGAGUUAUACUUUCUUUCUAGAGAAAAUCAUAUUCCUACUCUUACAGCUGGCAUAGAUAUAACUAAUCCUAAUGUGAUCUAUUUACUUAAAAAGGUUCGUCUUCUAAAUGAAUAUCAGAAAGAGGCUCCAUCUUUCUGGAUUCGACACCCAGAAAAGUAUAUGGAAGAAAUUGUGGAGAGUACUUUGUCUUUAUUAUCAGUUAAACAUGAUCAAGGCCAUCUUGUCUCACAAAAGAUUUUGGAUCCGAUAUACUUUCUUGCAUUGGUUGAUACCAAGGCUGUGUGGUUCAAAAAGUGGAUGCAUGCAUAUUACAGCAGAACUGCAGUACUAAGACUUAUUGAAAAGAAAUAUAAAUCUCUGAUAACUACAGCAGUUCAGCAGUGUGUUCAGUACUUUGAGUUGUGUAAGACCAUGAAAGCUGAUGAGGUUUUGGGACGUUCAAAGCCUUGUGGGAAUAAGCAGAAAACUUUCUACUACUCAGGACAAGAAUUACAAUAUAUUUAUUUCAUUCACUCACUGUGCCUUUUAGGAAGAUUAUUGAUCUAUACACAAGGCAGAAAGCUAUUUCCUAUAAAGCUGAAGAAUAGAAAAGAUUCAGUAUCCCUUGCAGAUCUGCUGGUUCUGUUUACCCAACUUAUCUAUUACUCACCAAGUUGUCCAAAGAUGACAUCACCUGGUCAUUUAGAGAAUUACUCUCCUGCAAGUAUGGUAACUGAAAUUCUUUGUAUACUCUGUGAUCAAAAAGAAUGUGCAAUUGAAUGUUUAUAUAACAACACUGUGAUGGAGGCGCUUCUUCAGCCUAUUCAUAACCUAAUGAAAGGAACUAAGGCUGCUCCAAAUUGCUCUGAAACAGCUUUAAUUCAUGUAGCUGAUAUUUUGGCAAGAAUUGCUUCUGUAGAAGAAGGACUUACUCUACUGCUUUAUGGAGAAAAUAUGAGCUCUUCUGAAGAGAAAAGUCCUACAGGUGCUCAUAUAAUUGCCCAGUUUUCGAAAAAAGUUCUUAAUGAAGAUAUUUCUAUUUUUCCUGGAUCGGAAAUGUUUCCUGCGGUUAAAGGAGCUUUUACUUCUGUGUGUCGUCAAAUAUAUGGUACAUGUGAAGGCUUGCAGGUUUUAAUUCCUUAUAGUUUGCAUGAAUCUAUAGCAAAGGCAUGGAAGAAGACAAGUUUGCUAUCAGAAAGAAUUCCUACUCCAGUACAGGGUUCUGAUUCUGUUUCUUCGAAAAGCCAGGAAUCCCAGAACAUUAUGGCUUGGGAAGAGAAUUUGUUAGACGAUUUACUAAAUUUUGCUGCCACUCCCAAAGGACUACAGCUUCUUCAAAGAACAGGUGCCAUCAAUGAAUGUGUGACAUUUAUGUUCAACCAAUACACAAAAGAAUUACAGAUCAACAGGCAUAAAAAGUUUGGCUAUGGAGUUCUGGUUACACACGUGGCAUCAACAGCAGCAGGUGCAGUAGCACUGCAAAGUUCAGGGUUUAUUAAUGCACUUUUAACUGAAUUAUGGGCCAAUCUGGAAUGUGGAAGAGAUGAUGUUAGGGUAACCCAUCCCAAAUCUACUCCAGUGGACCCUAUUGACCGAAGCUGUCAAAAGUCUUUUCUAGCCCUGGUGAACCUGUUAUCUUAUCCUGCUGUUUAUGAGCUUGUAGGCAAUCAAGGUCUUCCUAAUAAAGAAGAAUAUUCUCUUCGUGAAGUCCCAUCGAGGGUUAUUGAUAUUAUUGACAGACUUAUAAUUUUGAAUUCUGAAGCCAAGAUUCGUUCUUUAUUCAACUAUGAACAAUCACACAUCUUUGGUCUAAGAGAUUUUAUAAUUGAUAGCUUAUCAGUGGAGAGAAAUCAUGUUCUUGUUAGAAUUAAUCUUAUUGGUGGGCCAAUGGAACGAAUUUUGCCUCCAAGGAUACUAGAGAAGGGUGAUGAUCCAUAUCCUUGGCCAAUGUUUUCAUCAUACCCUUUACCAAACUGCUAUUUGUCAGAUGGUGUUACAAGAAAUGCUGAUCUAAAACAAGACAAUGAUCUUGGCAAACUUCUUUUGCACUUCAAAAUGUCCGAUAAGCAAAGUGAGUGGAUAGAAAACUGCCGCAGACAAUUUUGCAAAAUGAUGAAGGCCAAACCUGAUAUAAUCAGUGGAGGUGCUUUAGUAGAAUUACUUGAAGAAUUUGUCCUUCAUCUCUCUGAAAACCCAUCUGAAUGCUACUUCCCCUCAGUGGAAUAUACAGCUACUGAUGCAAAUGUGAAGAAUGAAAGUCUUUCAUCUGUGCAACAGCUUGGCGUUAAAAUGACUGUCAGGUAUGGCAAGUUCCUCAACCUGUUAAGAGAUGGUGCAGAAAAUGAUCUUACCUUGGUUUUAAAGCAUUGUGAGAGAUUCCUGAAACAGCAGCAAGCUUCUGUAAAAUCUUCUCUUCUCUGCUUGCAGGGGAGUUACACUGGCCAUGACUGGUUUGUAUCUUCUUUGUUCAUAAUAAUGUUGGGGGACAAAGACAAAACAUUCCGAUUUCUUCAGCAGUUCUCCAGGCUUCUGACUUCCGCUUUCCUUUGGUUGCCAAGACUACAUAUUUCUAGGUACCUACCUAUUGACACUAUAGAAUCUGGCAUUCAUCCAGUAUAUUUUUGCAGCACUCACUAUAUUGAAAUGCUACUGAAAGCAGAGGUGCCACUUGUAUUUUCAGCUUUUCACAUGUCUGGUUUUGCACCAUCACAGAUUUGCCUGCAAUGGAUAACUCAGUGUUUUUGGAAUUAUUUAGAUUGGAUAGAAAUCUGCCAUUAUAUUGCUACUUGUAUUUUCCUUGGUCCUGAUUAUCAAGUGUAUAUCUGUAUAGCUAUAUUCAAACAUCUACAACAAGACAUUCUACAGCACACUCAGAUUCAAGAUCUGCAGGUUUUCCUAAAAGAAGAAGCACUGCAUGGGUUUCGAGUGAGUGAUUACUUUGAAUACAUGGAAAUUUUGGAACAAAACUACCGACCAGUGCUGCUGAGAGACAUGUGGAACAUUAGAGUGCAAAGCACAUAG